AUGAAACUUGGAGCGUCCCAUAACAUAGUGCUAGCAGGUCCAAAGAAUAAGAACUGGGGCAUAGAACACGUAGUAUGGAUCUCACAAUGGUUAAAUAGUUCUAUGUGUGUCUUGACAGGUGAACAUGUCGACAACUAUCAACCAUCGAACCAGUACAUGGACUGGUAUAUUGGUAAAUUCGGUGAUCACUUACGGGUAUCCGAGGUUGCUGAGCAAGAGGAAGAAGGUCAACAAGAGCAACUAUAUCAGCAAGAACAACCACCUCAACAACAAGGACCACCUCGACAAGAACAACUACUGGUUUCACAAUCGUAUGCAUACGCACCAUACCCAUACCUACCAUAUCAACAACCAUAUCCAUACCCAGCACAACAUCCAUAUUCACAGUACUUACAGGAAUAUGCAAACUUUUCCACCCAACCUUUCAUACAACCACCAUAUUCACAACCAUAUCCAUAUUAUCCACCCCCACCAUAUACACAGGAAUAUACACAAUCUUUCAUCCAUCCACUAUAUGGUCAGCUAUCUACCAUGUGUGAGGCAUACAGGCCGACAUAG